CUCUUCAAUCCACUUCAACUACUCUCACUCUCACGUUCCUUCACUCUUGCUUCUUCUUCUUCUGUCUACUAUCAGCUCCUUCUUGUGCUUCUAUGUUUUCUGAUUCUAAGAGAUGAAGCAGUGGCAAGACUUUAUGAGCUUGGAAAGGUACCUAACCUUAACUCACCUUUACUUUGUUUGAUAAUUUUUCAUGUAUAUUUCUACUCUAAUCAAAAAUGGCAGGGAUGAAUUUCUGUUCUUCACUAAUUAAUUACCUACAUUGGUUGGAGUAUGUUACCUAUCAUUCCGAACUCUUAAGUUUAUCUACAUUGGUUAUGAUUUAAAGAGUCAAGUUGUUAAGUUUUAAACUAAAGGGAUGUUAAAAUUUGUUUAUGCUUUGAAGUUAAUGUUGGUGUUGGAUGAACAGGUGAGUGAUGCUAGUGGCUAUCUGGAGAGGACAUUUUUGAGUCCUGCAUCCUUGAAGGCAAUUAAUCUUAUUCGUAAAUGGAUGGAGGAUGCUGGUUUGAGAACUUGGGUGGACCAGAUGGGAAACGUACAUGGUCGAGUUGAGGGAGCAAAUGCAAAUGCUGAAGCUUUAUUGGUUGGAUCUCACAUGGACACUGUUGUUGAUGCUGGGAUGUUUGAUGGAUCAUUAGGAAUAGUCACUGCAAUAUCUGCGUUAAAGGCAAUGCAUGUAAAUGGAAAGCUGCAGAAGUUAAGGCGUCCUGUUGAGGUGAUUGCAUUUAGUGAUGAAGAGGGUGUCAGGUUUCAAACUACUUUCUUGGGCAGUGGUGCUGUAGCUGGUAUUUUACCUGCUACAACAUUGGCGAUAACUGAUAAGAGGAAUGUAACGAUAGAAGAUGUUCUUAAGGAGAACUCAGAAGAAAUUACAGAGGAAAGUUUUUUACAACUCAAGUAUGACCCAAAAUCAGUUUGGGGUUAUGUCGAGGUUCACAUUGAGCAGGGUCCUGUGUUAGAACAAUUCGGUUUCCCACUUGGUGCGGUUAAAGGCAUAGCUGGCCAGACACGUUUGAAGGUUACAGUGAGAGGAUCACAAGGUCAUGCUGGAACUGUUCCAAUGUCCAUGCGCCAGGAUCCUAUGGCUGCUGCUGCUGAAUUAAUCGUAGUUAUGGAAAGCCUCUGUAAACAUCCCGAAGAAUACCUUUCUUAUGAUGGUCAUUGCAGUGAUUCAUCGGUGAAAUCACUUUCAAGUUCGCUUGUGUGUACUGUUGGAGAGAUAUCAACAUGGCCAAGUGCCAGUAAUGUCAUUCCAGGCCAGGUUACAUAUACUGUGGAUAUACGAGCAAUUGAUGACCUUGGACGUGAGGCUGUUAUCUAUGAAUUAUCCAAACAAAUUUAUCAAAUAUGUGACAAGCGUUCAGUUUCAUGCAUUAUUGAACACAAGCAUGAUGCAGGUGCUGUGAUGUGUGAUUCUGAACUGAGUUCACAGCUCAAGUCUGCAGCUUAUUCUGCACUCAAGAAAAUGGAGGGUGACAUUCAGGAUGAAGUACCAACAUUAAUGAGUGGAGCAGGGCAUGAUGCAAUGGCAAUAUCUCACUUAACAAAGGUGGGAAUGCUAUUUGUGCGUUGUCGUGGAGGGAUAAGUCACUCUCCACAAGAACAUGUGCUAGACAAUGAUGUUUGGGCUGCUGGUUUAGCAACCUUGUCAUUUCUGGAAAAUCUAUAACAACUUUGUAAACUAUUAGUAUAGAUAUUAUAGCAUGUAAUUAUAGGUUAAUUUAUUCAUAAUUCAACUGUUUAAUUUAGUUGCUUGUGUC